AUGAUCUCCUCAAGAGUACUAGCGCAGGCCACUCGGUCUGCGGCUCCUCGUAUCCCAAUUGCAUCCCGGGUCGUCUCCAGGAGCUAUGCCGCCGCGGCUUCGGCGCAGAACUCAAAACCUCCCGUCCAGCUAUUCGGCGUUGACGGAACCUAUGCGAGCGCCGCCUACACUGCCGCCGUGAAGACCUCCGCGCUCGAUAGCACCGCCAAAGCUCUCGAGAACCUGUCCAAUGUCUUCAAGAAAGACGCCAAGCUCGCGCAGAUUCUUGCUGCCCCAACUCUGACCGUGAGCGACAAGAAGCAAAUCAUUGCCGAGCUCCAGAAACAUGUUGGUCAGGACAAGGAGAAUGUCGUCAAGAACCUGUUGAACACCCUGGCCGAGAACAACCGUCUGGGCGUACUCGAGGGUGUGUGUGACAAGUUUGGAUCGUUGAUGGGAGCUGCUCGCGGAGAAAUUGAGAUGACCAUCACCAGCGCUGCUCCUCUUGACACCAAGCAGGUUCGUCAGUUGGAGACUGCAGUCUCCAAGUCGCAAUACGUUGGACAGGGACAGAAGCUCAAGGUCGUGCCAAAGGUUGACCCUGAGAUCCGAGGAGGAUUGAUUGUUGAGAUUGGCGACCGGACGAUCGACCUGAGCGUUUCAUCGAAGAUGGCUAAGAUGAACAAGCUGCUCAAGGAUCAGCUAUAGAUAUGCAUAUCACUUAGAAUUUGCUUGAAGGAGCAGACCAAUGUACAUUGUAACCAUGCUGUCCUACUAGUAUAGUUUAAAUCCCACAAGCCGUUUCCUUGGUAUAGUUGAGCCGCAAGCAUCGCAGAGCACAGUGUGCAGGUCUCCUGCCUAGAGGCGUACGUUGGUCGAUGUCUGAAAUG